AUGGGACAAUGGUCAGGCGAUGUUGACAAUGUCAAGCAGCCCUAUGCUUUAGUAGAGGCUGGGAUCCUGCCUAAAGCAGCCCCGACAUCGACAAAGUGUGGGAGCAACGUAAUUCUCUGGGCCGUGGGAAACCUCCCACAUUUCGUUUCCCGAGUUUCUUUGCGUAUACGGCGUUCUUUCCUUUCACGAGGCCUAUUGCCCCCUUCGGGGUGGCAUACGCAUAAAAUUGGAACGAUACAGAGAAGAUUAGCAUGGCCCCUGCACAAGGAUGACACGCUUUGACCGAGUGGAUGCUCUUCGGAGCACAAUAUUUAUUUUAUUUUAUUUUAUUUUAUUCUAUUUUAUUUUUUCAUGAUGCUACGACAUACAUGGUGUAUUGGACCUCUAACGAGGAGUGACCAG